UCACAUCCAAUAUCUACCUACCAGAUACCUACCAGAUACCUACCUAGGUAGUUAAACGGAUUUCACUCACUCUUUAUAAUAGCACUUGACUUCCAUCCAUCCUCUUUUGCAUAGGAUCUUCCUUGAUGAGAUACCGAAAAUUUUCUCGAAGCUGUGAAUUUCAGAUAAGAUGAAAUACUCCACUGUUGCAUGGCUAGCUGCCAUUGCUUCCGCCUCUCCAUAUAACCUUCUGGAAACCCGCAACAAGAUUGCUUCCAGACAGGCUAGUGAAGCAUGUUCCAUCGGUUACUGCACCCAGAAUGGUGGAACGACAGGAGGCCUUGCCGGUGAGACGAUUACCGUCACAGACGUCGACAGCUUAACCGAAGCAGCCGGUCAAGAGGGCCCUCUCACCAUCAUCGUGUCUGGGGCUAUCUCCGGCUCAGCCAAAGUGCACGUCUCUGCCAACAAAACCAUCUACGGAGAAGAGGGCAGCUCCCUAACAGGAGUUGGCCUUUACAUUCGCAGAACUAGCAAUGUCAUCGUGCGCAAUAUGAAGAUCGCCAAGGUUCCAGCUGAGAACGGCGACGCCAUCGGCAUCGACGCGUCUUCGAAUGUCUGGGUCGACCACUGCGACCUGUCCGGCGACCUCAACAGUGGCAAAGACGAUUACGACGGCUUGGUCGAUAUUUCACACGGUUCUGAAUGGAUCACCGUCUCCAACACGUACUUCCACGAUCACUGGAAGGCGUCGCUGAUCGGCCACUCAGACAGCAACGCCGAGGAGGACGUCGGGGCGCUGCACGUCACUUAUGCGGGAAACCACUUCUACAACACGUAUAGCCGCGCGCCCCUCGUCCGCUUCGGGACCGUGCAUAUCGUCAACACGUUCUGGGACUCGCUGAUCGCCAGCGGCGUCAACUGCCGCAUGGGCGCGCAAGUGCUGAUCCAGAGCUCGGCCUUCCGGAACAGCUGCGAGAAGGCCGUCUUCUUCGCCGAUUCCGAGGAGACCGGCUACGCCGUCCUCGACGACGUCGACCUGGGAGGAUCCGAGAACUCGGCUCCGGAGGGGACGCUCGCGGCUAGCUCGCUGCCGUACGCUCCCAUCGAGACGCUGGGCUCCGCUGCGGUUGCUAGCAUGGUCCCUAGCGCCGCUGGCCAGAAAUUGUGACAGCUCGUCGAGGGGGGGGGUCAAACGAGCCUUUCCAACUUGCCCGUUUGGGUUAAGCUAUAGGGCUAGUCUCGGUCACAAGAUACAAUACAAAAUUCUACGAUACUAGUUAGCUUGAGGGGAAUCGUUUCGAUCUAGUGUAGACAACCGACGAAGUAAGGCAGUGUUUGUCCAAUGGCCGUAGACCUAUUCUCCCUUACGAAAGAUGUAUGUUCCCGCCUAUAGGAUGUGAUUGCGGCACUAUUAGUUGAAUCCACCUAGCCCU